CUAUCAUAGACGGUGUGUGUGUGUCUGUCCAAGGGUUUGAUAAGACUGCUCUGACGUCAACUAGUAACUGUUAUGAGAAUGUGUCGAGACACGCCGAGUUUCACACCGCAGUUUUCUAUAAACUCAUCACGUAAAAUCAUUCAGACACUCACAUCCCGAUCCCUCCCGUUUUAUUUAGGUGUAGGACUCACGUCAUCUAGCGGCCACAUUCAGGACGCACAACGUUGAUAAACUACCAGAAGUCUUGGAAAUAGAUGCUGGCUUCAAGCUUUGCUGGAGGAGUUUUUAUGUUAAAUAAUAAGAUGCAUUAUGAUGUUGACAGAAAUUCUGACUUGAUGCUGUAGCCGUCCGUUUGGUUCUCAGAAAAUAAAGAGAAAGAACCAACUAUUCUCCAACCCAGUAUCUCUGGACGCUUACAACAACAUCAUGACUUGGAUCCAGAUUGAACCGUUACCGAAUCCAUAAAAAAAAAAUAUGUAUAUAUUUUUUUUAAUUCUUUUUUUUAAUUCUUCCGCGACGCAGGAAGACUGUUUUCCCUGGAAACCGUUUUCAUCGUUCGCACUUCCGGCUGUAUCCUGCUCUGGAUCCAGCAACAUAUAUCGUCGCUGCAGCACCUCGGCUCGGCAUCCCGGAGACUCACUAGUCGGUGAUCAGCAGCACCAUCAGCACCAUCAGCUGAGGCUCAGAUGUGCGUUAGAUAGCUAGUAGCAGCUGGAAUCAACCAAGUCAGGACAGGACGCUGCUCCAACACACAACACGGAAGACCAUUUCUUAUCACUACUACACCUCUCUACGUCAACUGUUGCUGUUUUUCCCACAUUUUAAAUGAAUCUUGUAAGAUUUAUGAAUAACAGAGUUCCGUCCAAUAAGAGGUAUCAACCCACAGACUAUGAACAUGCUGCAAACUGUGCUACACACGCGCUGUGGGUAAUCCCCAGCCUAUUGGGCAGCUCUGUGCUGCACUUCCUGUCUGAGGACCAAUGGGAGCGUGUCUCAGCCUGGCUCUAUGGGGCGGGGCUCACCUCCCUCUUCCUCAUCUCUACUCUGUUCCACACAGUGACCUGGAAGAAAAGCCACCUACGGUCUGUGGAGCACUGUUUCCACAUGUGUGACAGAAUGGUGAUCUAUUUCUUCAUAGCAGCCUCCUACGCCCCCUGGUUGAACCUGCGGGAGCUAGGACCCUGGACCUGUCACAUGAGGUGGUUGGUCUGGGUGAUGGCCUCUGUCGGAACCACAUACGUCUUCUUCUUCCACGAGAGGUAUAAGCUGAUGGAACUGAUCUGUUAUACAGUUAUGGGAGUGUUCCCAGCCUUGGUCAUCCUGUCCAUGCCGGACCGUGAGGGGCUGUGUGAGUUAUUAGUGGGCGGUGCCUGUUACUGUCUGGGCAUGGUGUUCUUCAAGAGUGAUGGCCUCGUCCCAUUCGCCCAUGCUAUCUGGCACCUGUUUGUUGCCAUGGGAGCAGGCGUCCAUUACUACGCCAUCUACCGAUACCUCUACACACCAGCAGCCAAUCAGAUGAAGACAUCCAGAUGACACACGGAGACAGGGGGCGAGGGGUGAUGACGUCACAGGAAGUUGAAGGAAGGAGUGGACUUGUGAAGAAGUGAUGUCAAGAAAGGAGGGGUGGAGAGAUGUGAAUAGAACCAUAGAAACAUGGAGAGAUGUGAAUAGAACCAUAGAAACGUGGAGAGAUGUGCAUUGAAUCAUAGAUACGUGGAGAGAUGUGAAUAGAACCAUAGAAACGUGGAGAGAUGUGCAAUGAAUCAUAGAUACGUGGAGAGAUGUGAAUAGAACCAUAGAAACAUGGAGAGAUGUGAAUUGAACCAUAGAAACGUGGAGAGAUGUGAAUAGAACCAUAGAAACGUGGAGAGAUGUGAAUUGAACCAUAGAAACGUGGAGAGAUGUGAAUUGAA